AUGCCAUUUCUCAGCGGCUUCAACCAUGAUGACACCUGGGGUCAUCGUGCUGGAGAGCCUAACAAGGCCGUCAUUUGCAGUAUCGCUCUAGCUCGUCUCCGCACUGACGUUCGUGGCGACGCCAACUCCAAUGCUGUUGGUAUGGCUCAGAAGCUGUUGUUGUUCUGGCGCAAACCCGCUCGCCGAUGCUGGUGGGAGGGUGUUGACCUUGAGAAUGUCGAGGGCAUUGACGGCACACUCAAGGUCUGGAUCCGCAGAGUCUGGACCCUCGAAAUGGUGAGUCUUCUAUCAUGA